AACCGUGCGUGAUGACGUCACUGAGUGCUCGGUCUCUGCUUGUUGUGGCUCCCUGCUGCUAGUUAGCUAAGAACCGGAGGAAGGUCUGUUGGUCGUGACAGUCGGAACGGUGGUUUUCCGAAACUUUUCCGAGUCACAUUGGUCCCUGAAAGACUGGAAGAGAGUUUCAGCCGCGUCUUGGACGCAUGGGAGUUCCCUGGGAGCCGCGAACGGAGAAGACAGUCCUGGUGGUCCUGACUGUUCAGCAGGAUGAGUGAGGCGGACGGACAGUUCUACAGUGUCCAGGUGGGAGACUCCACCUUCACUGUCCUCAAGCGCUACCAGCAGCUUCGUGCCAUCGGCUCCGGGGCCCAAGGCAUCGUCUGCUCUGCCCUAGAUACAGUCCUCAGUAUACCAGUGGCAGUGAAAAAGCUCUGCCGGCCCUUUCAGAACCAGACCCAUGCAAAGCGAGCCUACAGGGAGCUGGUGCUGCUCAAAUGUGUCAACCACAAAAAUAUCAUCCGUCUGAUCAAUGUUUUCACGCCUCAGAAGUCUUUGGAGGAAUUCCAGGAUCUGUAUCUGGUGAUGGAGCUGAUGGAUGCCAGCCUGUGUCAGGUGAUCCACAUGGAUCUGGACCACGAGAGGAUGUCCUACCUGCUCUACCAGAUCCUCUGUGGCAUCAGGCACCUACACUCCGCCGGCAUCAUCCACAGAGAUCUGAAGCCUAGUAACAUAGUAGUGAAGUCUGAUUGUACUCUGAAGAUCUUGGACUUCGGCCUGGCGAGGACAGCCUGCACCAACUUCAUGAUGACCCCCUACGUGGUAACCAGAUACUACCGAGCCCCAGAGGUCAUCCUGGGCAUGAAGUACAAGGAGAAUGUGGACCUGUGGUCAGUUGGCUGCAUAAUGGCCGAAAUGAUCUCUCACAAAGUCCUCUUUCCCGGAAAGGACUACAUCGACCAGUGGAAUAAGGUGAUUGAGAUUCUGGGAACGCCCAGUCUAGAGUUUAUGAACCGACUGAUGGAGACCGUCAGGAACUACGUGAUGAACAAGCCUCAGUAUGCAGGCGUCAGCUUCGCCGAGCUUUUCCCGGACUGGGCGUUUCCCUCUGAUUCAGAACACGACAAACUAAAGACGUGUCAAGCCCGAGACUUGCUCUCCAAAAUGCUGGUCGUUGAUCCAGAAUGCCGUAUCUCUGUAGAAGAAGCCCUGCAUCACCCCUACAUUCACGUGUGGUACGACCCCGCAGAGGCAGACGCGCCUCCUCCCCAGAUUUCAGAUAAGCAGCUGGAGGAGAGAGAGCACACCAUAGAACAAUGGAAAGAACUCAUUUAUGAAGAGGUGAUCGACUGGGAGGAGAGGAACAAAAAUGGUCUGAUGAAAGAAGACAGCUCAGAUGUGGUGUCAGGCUCCGCCUCCCAGUCCUCCUCUGCCAACGACAUCUCAUCCAUGUCCACGGAGCACACGUUGGCGUCGGACACGGACAGCAGCAGCAUCGACACACUGACAGGGCCACUGGACGAGAGCCAGUGAGCGCCAGCGUUAGCCACACGAGGGGGUCUGUUCGCUUCCUGCAGCCCUCUGACCCGUUUACAAAGUAUCUGACAACUGUCUCCUCCUGGUUUUACUUUUUUGGGGCCCCAAAUCUGUUUAUUUUAUUUUUUUUUCUUUUAAUCCUUCAAUGAAAAAAAAAGUCUUUCCUGUGUGAUCUGGUGCCACCUGAAGGUCAAAUCUAUCAACGCUAUCAUUUGUGUCAGUUUUCAUUUUCUCUUUAUUUUCUUGGUGAAUGUUAAACUCGACCGUGCACACAGUUUUUGGCGUAUGCUUCCAUAUUGAUUAAUAGAAGUAGUUGUGGUGAAGGGGCGGGGCUUGGCGUUUGAUCUUUAUGCCUGUAUUUUAAUAGUUUUAUUUUUUUAGAUAUAUUGAGA